ACGAUGUCGUUCCAAAGACCAUAGCUGGGGGCACUGCACGCUAUCGUCCAGCCCUAAAGUGCAAAGCCAGCCAGAGGCAUAGGCGGAUAUGCUCUCACCUCUCCUCCUCCUUCAAAUAAACUAAAAUUAAGUAGUAGAUUCUCUGUACCUCUUUCUUCUUCGGUAGACUAGUAGUAGCUUAUAUAUUGUUGUUGGAAUUAAUAAUAAUAAUAAAAUGGGUUUUGGAAAAGAAGGAGAAACAAAAACAGAAUUCGAAGAAGAGAAAGAAGGAGAUCAUGUUGAAAGCAGCGAUUACUACUUCGAUAAGAUUGGGAAACCCAUUCCCAUCCUCUCUGAUCAAACUGUUUCCCCUUUCCCUUUGCAAAACCCUCCUCUUCCCUCUCGCCCCCUCGCCCUCUCCCAAUACCACCGUCUCAUCUUCAUCGCCCAUCCCUCUGGGUUUCUGGUUGCGAGGACUCAAGAUGUCAUGGAUGCCGCUAUGGAUAUUAAGGAAAAAGGAAGCUCUUCUUCUUCGUCCAUUCAACGUGUCAGUCUUGUGGAUGUCCCUAUUGGGAAAGUUCACAUUUUGACACUCUCUACUGACUGCUCUACUCUUGCUGUUUCUGUUGCUGCUUAUAUUCAUUUCUUCCAUGUCCAUUCCCUUCUCGAUAUGGAGCAAAAACCGUCCUUCUCUUGUGCUCUGAGUGAACCAUCAUCAUCUACUGUCAAGGAUAUACAAUGGCGAAGGAGACCGGACAAUUCUUACCUUGUUCUUUCAAAUCAGGGGAAGCUAUAUUAUGGUGAUCUUCCUGCCGGCACCCAUACUCUUAAACACGUAACGGACAAUGUUGAUGCUGUUGAAUGGAGUCUAAAAGGAAAAUAUAUUGCUGUCGCAAGAGGGAGUAUUAUCAGCAUUUUGUCCUCAAAUUUCAAGGAAAGGUUCAGUAUAUCCCUCCCAUUCAGAUCAUGGAUUGCUGAUAGUGAUGAUAACUGCACUGUUAAAGUGGACUCUAUCAGAUGGGUACGUCAUGAUAGUAUCAUUGUAGGAUGCUUUCAGCAAACUGCAGAUGGAAAGGAAGAAAAUUACCUUCUUCAAGUAAUCAGCAGAAAAGAUGGCAAGAUUUAUGAUAGUUCUUCCAAGCCAGUCGUGCUAUCAUUCUAUGAUCUAUUUUCGGGUCUUGUUGAUGAUAUUGUGCCCUAUGGAAGUGGACCUUAUUUAUCCCUGGACUAUUUAGAACAGUGUGAGCUUGCAAUUACAGCUAACAAGAAGAACACAGAUCAGCACAUUGUGUUGCUUGGUUGGUCAGUGGAGGAUGAGAUGAGUGAAACUGCAGUUAUUGACAUUGAACGAGAUACUUGGCUCCCUAGGAUUGAGCUUCAAGAAAACGGAGAUGAUAAUUUGAUCAUGGGGCUCUGUGUUGACAAGGUUUCCCUCUAUGGAAAAGUAAAAGUUGAAGUGGGGGUUGAAGAACAGAAAGAACUUUCACCCUUCUGUGUUCUUAUGUGUGUUACUCUUGAGGGAAAGCUUGUCAUGUUCCGGGUUGCAAGUGCCACAGGAGCUAAUAUUCGACCAGAAGUUGAUUCUUCCCUUGAGGAUGAGAAAGAGGAUAUUGCUUUGGAACAUGAAGGAUGUGAUCAGUCUAAUCUUUCUUCUGGGUUGCAUGAACAAACAUUGGAAAACAUAUCACUAGGUCUUCAACCACAACAUGUGAGCAACAAGGAACUACAGCUCAAUAAAGAUGGUGGAAUUCCUACACAGAAGGACCUUGUUCCUUCUGACAAGAAUGAGAUUCCUGAAAAACUGGAAAUAAAAUCACUUUCUGUACAACAAAGUGUGAAAUUAGGGCAGUCAUCUUUGAAGGCCUCAUUCCCAGAGAUACCUAGUUAUUUAGGGAGUGAUUCCAGCAAAACAGAAACUCAAAAACUUGCUGGGUUUGCGUCUAGAUCCACCUUAUCUGGAAAAGUUUUAACUGAUGCCCCCAGCAUAUCAAGUCGAAAGGAUUUACCAAACAAUGCUGAUCUUUUUAAGGCACCUCCUAGGGAAGUUGGAUCAAAUGCUUUACCAGGUGUCCCAUCUCAGUCAUGGUCAAGUGGAAAAGUUACAUUAUCAGCUUCAACUUUGAUUCAAGGAAAUAGACCUGAUUAUAAUAAUGUUCAAGUUGGUGCUGCAAAUGUUCCUAGUGACCUUGGCAGUAAAUCUUUUUGCAUGAAGGAUACUGCUGGUCAAUCAACUUCUGUCAACACUUCUGUUAGACCAGCUCUUGACAGGGAACAAAGAGGUUCGAUUGUGUCAGGGACAAUUGAAUCAUUGCCUACCUUUCGAAGCUCACAGUUGUCAUCUCACGAAAAUUUUGCUUCAGCCAGGUCUCCAAACCACAGACUCAAGUAUUCAAAAGACAACUACAAAACUUCAUCCCUGAGGAGUUCCGAGCCAAACUUAUCAAAACAAUUUGGUAAUAUUAAAGAGCUAGCCAAAGAGUUGGAUACACUUCUGGAAUGCAUUGAAGAAAAAGGUGGUUUCAGGGAUGCCUGCACUGUUUUUCUGAGAGACUCAGUUGAAGCUUUGGAGGAGGGCAUGGGAACUCUCUCUGAAAAUUGCAGAAUGUUGAAGAGUGUGAUGGAUGAGCGGCUUGGAGAGAUCCAUCAUCUUCUAGAUAAAACUGUGCAAGUCUUGGCAAGGAAAAUAUAUGUAGACGGUAUUGUCAAGCAAGCUUCUGAUAGCCAAUAUUUGGAACUCUGGAAUCACCAAAAGUUGAGCUCCGAACUUGAGUUGAAGCGGCGAUGUAUACUAAAACUAAAUCAGGAGUUGACUAAUCAGUUGAUUCAAUUGGAGAGACACUUCAAUGCCCUUGAACUUCAGAGUUUUGGUGGAAAUGCUGGAUUUCACACGGAUCGGAGAACUUUGCAGAUUAGAUAUAUGCCUUCAAGACAACUUCAGCACUUGCAUAGUUUACAAAACACGAUGAGUUCACAGUUAGCAGCUGCUGAACAACUUUCUGAAUGUCUCUCAAAACAAAUGUCCAUGCUGAGUUUAGAGUCACCUGUAAGACAAAAGAAUGUCAAGAAGGAACUUUUUGAAACAAUUGGAAUCCCGUAUGAUGCCUCUUUUAGCUCGCCAGAUGCAAUGAAAGUUGGUGAUACCACUUCAUUGAAGAAACUUUUACUUUCUUCAGGUUCUGCUGCCACUAAAGGUAAGUCUAGGAGACACCAAUCAAGUGCUAUGAAAAGUUCUGAUUCAGAAACUUCCAGGAGAAGGAGAGACUCGCUUGAUCAGAGCUGGGCUAGUUUUGAGCCUACCAAAACAACUGUAAAAAGGGUGCUUUUGCAAGAAAAUCAGAAGAAAAAUGUGAAUAAAUCACUCUCGUUGAAGGAUAGGCAAAUUUUUAGUUCUGGCUUGGGGGACAUCUCCACAGUUCACCAAGAAGACCAGACAUCCCGAUCUCUCUUGCACCCAAUGGAAAGCAAAGCAGGCCUUCAUUAUGGAUCCCCUAAACAAACGUUUGAGAAAAAACCAACCGUUCCAUUUAAAUGGGCUACUGAUCCUCCAAUGUCAUCACAGCCUCUGGGCUCGCAUUCUCCUAUACUGCAAAAUAACGACGUAGCGAUGGUGUCAGUUUUGUCAUCCCUGGUAUCACUGCCAGGAGGAGAAAUAAGUAGCAGGGAAUCCUACAAUAUGACUGCUGAUAAAUCUAAGAGUAUGUUUUCUCAAAUUGAGAAGCCUGAUUCUGUUUCCACCAAUGAGACCAGAUGUAUUCAGCAAACUGAAACUAAUAUAAAUAAAAAUUCAGCAGACUCUGCCAUGCCACCAAUGCAGACACCUUUGUUUCCAAAGAAACCAGAUGAGAUUCCUGUUUCAACUACCAGUAGCGUGCUUGCAAAGUCAGCAAUGCAAAGUGUGAAGCCUGGACCAGCAGACACCAAAAGUUCAUUUUUCAAAUCUCCCAAUAAAAAUUAUGAGCAUCCGCUCUCUUUGUUAGGUACCUCUUCUAUGGCUCCCACCCAACCUGGAAAAGUUCCUGAGAUCAAUUUUGCUACUAGCAAAAGCCAACCUAGUGAAAAAGUUUCAUCUUCGCCAUCAGCCUUCAUGUCGCAUUCAGUUUCAUCAUCUCUGAUGUCCAAUGUAUCACCAAACAUCUCAUCAUCAAUAUCUACACCGAUGUUGUCAGCUGCAAUGUUACUGAGCACAUCUUUAACCAGUCCUAAGGCCCCCAGGACAGUGUUACCCUCACAUGCUCCACCUCCAACUUCAGAGGUUUCUCCAGAGCUGCAACCCCCUCUAGGGAAGACUCUGCCUUCUAGCAAUCCAAGUCCUUCAUGUUUGACAUCAGAAUCCCUUGAAACAGAUAUUCAGCCUCUUAUAGGAAAACCUGCACGAAAUGUAAACCCCACUCCAACACCUUCAGUGUCAGAAUCACUUGAAACAGAGCCCCAACCUCCUGCUGGAAAAAAUCCACCUUCUGUCACUCCAGUUACCCCUUCAGAAUCAGAUUCCUCAAAAACAGAGGUUCCACAUCCUCCGGGUGAAGCAAGUUCAAAGUCAGAUGUGGAUGUUCCCACAACUGCUCCACAGCCUAACCCCUCUACAUUUGGUUUGAAGCUUGAACCUUCAGCAUCAUCUGUCCUUACUACAGGACUAUCAACUGGAUUUGCACCAGUAAACCAGCCCAGCUUGAACCACUCUGGAAGUACUGAAUCUAAGGCGGCUCUGAAUUCUCAACCUCAACAGCCAUCUUCUCAUAAUGUUCCUUUUGGAGCACCAAACCUGACUUCUGAUAGCGUUAGUGGAAAGAAUGGAAGUUUGGAUGUUGCAGUUACAGAAGAGGUUGAAAUGGAGGAGGAGGCUCCUGAGGCUAGCUGCACAAAUGAACUUAAUUUGGGAAAUCUUGGAGGUUUUGGGAUUGGUUCAACCCCUAUCCCAACUGCUCCUAGAGCAAAUCCAUUUGGCAGUCCAUUUGGUAGCACAGGAUCAAAUGUAGCAAGCUCUUCAUUGACCAUGACUGUACCUAGUGGAGAGCUCUUUCGCCCUGCCUCUUUCAACUUUCAAUCUCCUCAGCCAUCCCAAAAGCCUCCACCAACAAAUAUGGGUGCUUUCUCUGGUGGCUUCGGCACAGGAGCAGUUGCUCAAGCUCCUGCUCAAAGUCAGUUUGGCCAGCCAGCACAUAUUGGAUCAGGACAGCAAGCACUGGAAUCAGUUCUUGGGACUUUUGGGCAGUCAAGACAGUUUGGAACUGGUUUACCUGGAAGUGGUUUCCCUUCUACCAGUGGUUUUGGUGGUGGCCUUGCUACUAGUAGUUCAGCAGGUGGCUUUGCAAGUGCUGCAACUGCUGGCGGGUUUGCUGGUGUUGCUUCUACUGGUGGUGGAUUUGCUGCUUUGGCCUCAUCUGGUACAGGAUUUGCUGGUGUGGCUGCUGGGGGUGGGUUUGGUAGUGUAGCUCCUGGUGUUGGGUUUGGUGGAGUGGCUUCUGGUGGCAGUGGCAUUGCUGGUGUGGCUUCAGGUGGAGGUGGGUUUGCCGCUGCAGCCUCGAGUGCUGGUGGUUUCGCAGCAGUGCCUGCAUCUGGUAGUGGAUUUGGUGCAUCAGGUAGUGGAUUUGGGGCUUUUGGCAGCCAACAAGGUACUGGAGGAUUCUCAGGUUUUCCCGGUAAUGCGGGAGGCAGCCAACAAGGAAUUGGUGGUUUCUCUACUUUCAGUGGUAAUCCAGCAGGAACUGGAAAACCCGUGGAAUUGUUUACACAGAUGAGAAAAUAGGGUCCAGAGCUUUUGGACUAGGAUUAGAAAUUUUGUUCGCAAAUGAAAAAUGCAUUUGGUAAAAUAGAAUGUAAAUUGAGAUUCAACCGAUGUGAGAUCACAUUCUGUCUGCAAUCUGAGUUCUGCUCUUUCUUAUUGUUGGACCUUUUUACCAAAUAUUAUGCCAAUGGGGGUGUCAAUUUAUUAAUGAAUGCAACAUAUUGUGUGUGGA